CAACGGAUCUAAUGUAAUUGCUCUAUAUAUUCGACUUUAUCAACAACAUCUAGCAAAUUUUCAUUGUUUGUAUAUUUUCUGACAUGUCGUUUGUCUUCUUUUGUCAAAAUGUUCGGUCUCAAUUUUCGUCGAAAUUUGGAGUCAACGUUUGGUAAAAUUUUGCCAGUAAGAUCUUUUAACAUAUGCGGCGUAAGGUACAUACGAGAACCUUUGCAACCAUUAAGACGAUGUCCAAAGUGGGUUUGCGUUGAAGAUGCAGUGAAAAUUAUUAAUUCAGAGCAUUUAGUUUUUAUUCAAGGGGGUGCAGCAACGCCUAAUGAAUUAAUACGUGCCAUGACCGAACAUGCUAUUUGUAAUAAUCUACGUGGAGUACGAUUAAUUCAUAUGGGCCUCGAGGGUGAUGCGCCAUUCGCAAAUCCUGAAUUUGAGAAACAUUUCAGAUCUGUAAACUUUUACAUCAGUGCUAAUCUUAGAGAGGCUGUUAAUGAGGGAAGAGCAGAUUAUAUCCCUAUAUUUCUCCACGAAGUUCCAAAACUUUUUUACGAGAAGAGAAUUGUUGCAGACAUUGCAUUAAUUCAAGUUAGUGUUCCGGAUACGCGCGGUUUCUGUUCUUUAGGUGUAAGCGUGGAUUGUACGCGUGCUGCGAUUAGUUCAGCGAAAGUUAUCAUUGCCCAAGUUAAUGAACACAUGCCGAGAUCAUUUGGAGAUACUACUAUUCAUUCUAGUCAUAUUGAUUGGGCAGUCAAAUAUGACUGUCCUUUACCAUGCGUAGCUAGUGCUCCUCCAAAUGAUAUUGAGCAAGAAAUUGGCAAAAUAAUUGCGCAAAGGCUGGUAGAUGAUGGAGCAACCUUACAACUUGGGAUUGGUAACAUACCCGAUGCUGUUCUUUGUUCCCUCGGUAAUCAUAAAGACUUGGGAGUCCAUACAGAAGUACUUGGCGAUACAAUGGUAGAUUUAGCGGAACGGGGGAAUAUUUCAAACAAAAUGAAAAUAAAGCACAGAGGACGUAUAGUCGCUUCUUUAGCAAUUGGUACAAAAAGAGUAUACGACUUUUUACAUAAUAAUCCAUUUGUAGAGAUGCUUGCAAUUAAUUACGUAAAUGAUCCUCGAGUAAUAUCACAACAACCGAAAAUGACAGCUAUUAAUUCUUGUAUAGAAAUGGAUAUCACUGGUCAAAUAUGUUCUGAUAGUGUAGGCUGUAAAAUGUACUCUGGAUUUGGUGGUCAGCUUGACUUUACUCGAGGUGCGGCAUUGUGCCAAGAUGGUCGAGGAAAAGCUAUAAUCGCAUUUCCUUCGGUAACUAGUAAAGGGGAAAGUAAAAUUCAACCUGUACUUAAGCUUGGUGGUGGUAUCGUGAUAACGAGAGCACAUGCACACUACAUAGUUACUGAGCAUGGUGUAGCAAAUCUUUUUGGUAAGACAUUACGUCAGAGAGCAAAUGCAUUAAUUCAGAUUGCUCAUCCUGAUCACAGAGAAUGUCUUGAAAAAGCUGCAUUUGAAAGACUUAAAACUAAUCCAACAAAAUAUUUAUAAUUUAUAUAUAUAUUUACAAGUAAUGUGUUUUAUAAAAUUUUGUAACAUUAUUUGUAUUCGGUACAUAUCCGAAAAGUCUUUAUCUCAGUGUUUGUUAUAAAAUUUUUGUGUCAAUGUU